AUGGCUGUCGACGCGCUUCGUCUUCGUCGCGAUUCCCUCCCCGGCCCUCCCUCCGAUCCUCCUCCCCUCCCGCCCACGGCCCUCCAUUUCGGCUCUCCGGUAUCUAAGGAGGCGCAUUUUAGAGGCGUGCGUAAACGUCCCUGGGGCCGAUUCGCAGCCGAGAUCCGCGAUCCCUGGAAGAGACGCGCAAAUGGCUUGGAACCUUUGAUACCGCUGAGGAGGCGGCCCGGGCCUACGAUGAGGCUGCCAGGAGUCUUCGUGGCCCCAGGGCAAAGACGAACUUCGUCUAUGCCGCUGCGCGUGGGGUUUUGGAGGGCUCCGGUGUAUCAUGCGGCGGACGCCACGGCGGGAGUGCCGGGGAGAUCGGAGUAUAAGGGAUACAAGUUGGAGAAUGUGGAUUUGGUGAUGGGAGAGGAGAGAAAGAUGCGGAAAGAGAAGAAACCGUUGAUGCUUGAUCUUAACCAACCAACCACUCUUCUAGACAGCGUUAUGGUCCGGGCUUCUCAACGGUCGGCGAUAAGAAUUGGGGGCGUUGGGAAAAUGAAGCGGAGAAAGUGGGGAGGAGGCAUGAGCUGUGGCGUCACUGUUGGGAUAUAA